AUGUAUAAGUCACUAUCUCUUGUUACUGUCAACUGCAUCAUCGCCCCCUAUGUGACUUCCAACACGCAUCACCCAGCUAUCAUGAUUUCAGCCAUCAAACAAGUUCUCAACCCUUUCAUCCCAGGAACCGCGGUCUUCAAGCUGCCGAGCCUGUGUAAAAGAGACAGGGACGCCUCAAAGAGGACUAGUGAGUCGGUGGUAACAGUCAACCAAAGCACUCAGGUCCCGCCCGCAGCCCCGCGUGCGGUGACCAUUGAAGACCUGGAUCACCUGUUUCCCACGCUGAAGGAUUAUCAGCGCAGACUACGUGGUCAAGAGAACGAGCUCGACCGCCCACCUCUCGUCGAGGACCAGUACGAGCAUCCUGCGUUGGCGUACUACGAGAACCUACACUCCUUCAAACAAUCCGUCACCCAGGCUGGACCUACUGACUACAAAAUGGAGCUCAACAAAGAAGGCCCUGUCGCUGAGAAGGAGAGCGACCAAAAGUCUGUCUCUGAGUGGUCUAUGGUUUCGAUGACGAAGGAGAAAACCGGUGACUCUAAGAUCGCCAGCGACGACAAGUCUAAGUCUAAGAAGCAUGGAAAGCCUAGCGAUGGCAGCAAGAAGGAGCAGGUUAUGUCUAACAAGAAUGAAAGCAACAUGUCUCUGGAGUCCGCGAUCUUGGUCAACGCCCUGGGCAACCAGAGCACCGACAGCCUGGCCGCUAGUAUUGGAACUCAGAGCUCUGCGAGCUUCGGUGAUACAUCUGGUGAUAUUGGCGGUGACGAUGUCCCUGUCUACAUGCGCCUGGACUUCUGGAAUCGUUGCACUAUUAUCGAGGAGACUGAAGAGCAGCUUGUCUCGCUCAAAGAGAAAGCAGUCGUCCUGAGCGUAAGGGAUGAAGCGUCUCUCUUGGGCAACUCCAUGGCCUCGCUCGGUCUUAGUGCCUCGAGCAUUAAGAGCGGCGAGCAGUCCAACCAGUCACACUUGGACAGUUCCAUGUCCUCUUCCAUUCUUGCUGCCUCGAACCGCGAGUCUGGCGAGCAGUCUAAAGAGUCACGCUUGAGCACCCUCAUGGUCUCUCCUAAUCCUAGUGCCUCGAACACUGCGUCUGGCGAGCAGUCUAAAGGGUCGAGCUUGAGCACCCCCAAGGCCUCUACCAAACAUGGUGCUUCGAACAUCGCGUCUGGCGAGCAGUCCAAAGAGUCGUGUUUGAGCACCCCCAAGGCCUCUCCUAAUCUUAGUGCCUCGAACAUUGCGUCCGGCGAGCAUAAAGGGUCGCGCUUGAGCACCCCCGAGGCCUCUCUCGGUUUCGGUGCUUCAAUCACUGUGCCCGGCGAUAAGUCUGAAGGGGCACGUUUGAGCUCCUCCACUGCCUCUAUCGGUCAUAAUUCCUGGAACAUUGUUUCAGACGAGCAGUGUAAAGAGUCACGCUUGAGCGAUUCCGAGGCCAUUCUCAGUUUCGGUGCUUCGAUCAUUGUGCCCGGCGAGGAGUCUCAAGGCGCACGCUUGAGCUCCUCCACAGCCUCUCUCGGUCUUGAUUCCUGGAACAUUGUUUCCGACGAGCAUUCUGAAGGGUCACGCUUGAGCUUCACCGCUGGCACUCUUACUCCCGACUCAUCGACCCCCCUUUUGCGCAAGGAGUCUUCAGAGAAGUCUCCGUCCGCUGACCAGCCUGAAGGGUCACGCUUGAGCUUCACCUUUGUCUCUCUCUCUCCAAAUUCAUCGACUCCCCUUUUGCGCAAGGAGAAGGAUCUAGAGGAGUCUCAGUCCGCCGGCCACUCUUCCGUGAGUCUUCCUGGAAGCAGUGCUGCCGCUUCCAUACACAGCGAGAACCGGAGCAAAGCCGACGACAAGGGCGACGACAAAGGCGACAGCGCUGAGGGUGAUGCCAAAGAGCCCGAAGCGACCCCACCCGUGGCACGCAAGCCGUACAAGGAUCCAACUCUCUGGGUGCGCGGCUUUACCGGCACUCUUCUCAAGGGCGCCGCGCCUGGAGAACCCGCUAGACCCGAUGACAGCCGCUCCUGGGACUGUAAGAUUCUGUGGUGCAUCGAGUGCCACGGGCCCUGCCCUAUCUGCGGGAAGCCCUGCUGCGUCCGCUGGGGUUGCGAUCAGUACAUGGACCAGCCCAUCGCGCAUCGAGAUUGGUUGAAGUCGCGUCGCUGCUUCAUGGUCACCACCCUUCUGGACCGUUACGGGAACCUGACUAGGGAUCACUCGACCUACACGGUGUGCACCGAGCCCGGUGGUUGCGGACGUUAUGUCUGCUCCGACUGCUGCGGUAUCUGCUCCACUCCGAUGUGUCGCGACAUCCAGUGCAAGGACUGCAAGCCCAACCCUUGGGGCCCCUGUGACUGGCAUGCAUCAUGA